AUGCUUUGGUGUAAAAAAACUUUUCAACAGAGCUUUCCAGACGAUCAUUGCCGUAUUUUUCCAACCCAACAACAACUUUUUGAAUUCUUGGAUGACAGAAAGCCAAGGGACACAGAGCCGUCUAGAUGGUUCCCCUUUUCUAUAGAGUUUCCUUCUGAACUAGAUGUCAUUAAAUGCUUGGCACAUCGCACUAGUCCUAGCACUAGCGCGUUGUUUAAGAAAACAACACUAGUGGAUCAAAAAAAUAUGCCAAACAGGAAGCGAUGUAGUUCGCAGGCCGUUAGGGAGGACUAUUGUCUUCUCUACGGAGAAACCCCAUUAUCCGCGCAGAGUCGCAUGUUUUUAGCAGCUACGAUCGAUGGGAUCCAGUCGAUCAUUCAGACUAUUCACCCUCUCCAACUCCACUUGUACGAGAUUAUACGUGAAUCCACUCCCUGCCAUUUAUAUUUCGAUGUGGAGCGUUCUAGUGACUAUAUUUGCUGUCAAGAGGAAAUUGACUUGGAUUCUCUCAGCUGCGCUGGUGAAGCGAGCGACGAUGAGGUUGUCGUCUGUCCAAAAGCGAAGAAUGACAUUCUUGUUGCCACUAUUCAAUCAAAUCGCAUUCCUCGAAUUUACCGGGCCCCAGUUUCAGAGUAUGAAAAGCUUCUCAGAUCUGCUUCGAGCAUUCCAAUGCGUUUAUGUCCACUCACCUGUACCAUAGUUCCAGACGAAACGCGCACCGAAGAGGUCUUACUCUCUGAGCUUAGUGCUUUUAUCGUGAAGCAUUACCCUUUUUUGAAACUUGAGGGCAAUCCCAAGCAAAAUCUGUCCUCUAUUGAACACAUCGCUCACACGGUUUUCGUAAUGCGCUCUGUAUCUUUGAAUACAAAUGUGUGCGCGGUGCAGAAGUUCUCACAACACUACGUUAUAAAUUUGCAUCGACAUAUUUUUGACAGCAACGCGUCUGUGGGGGAGUUUGUGAAGCAUUUCGUGGGGUAUCUGCAGACAAGGUGCGGGGAAAGCCUCGAAGUGCAUCGUGCACUAUUUUACCAUGGUGCGCCAGUUGUUGAGGACUUGACAUCUAGCUUAUCGGAGACCCGAUCCUCCUUGACCCUGCCCCUUCUUCCUCGCAGGUGCAUCAUUGACACAGCUGUGUAUAGUCGGAACCGUAUGAUGCGUACCCUGGGUAGCUGCAAGCUGGGGAAAGAAAGCGUGCUGAAGUUGGAGUCGGUCAAACGGAACGGCAAACCAAUCAAUUUCGAGAAUAGUUCAGCAUUUGAAAAUUUAAUGUCUUCAUUGAUAGUCGCGCAUCACUGGUCUUCUCCGUUGUCUGCUGAUGAAAGAAGUAUUCUACACAUUGAAGGGCAAAACCACUCAGGAAGAGGUGCUCUUGUAAAGUUUAGCAGGGUAAAAUAUACUCAAGAUGAAGCUUCAAUCGGACCCCCUUUUUGUUUUUCGGAUCUUGAACGUGCGAACGUUUUGAGUGCUAUCAGUCGGAUCGAGGCAUCUUACAGCAAUAUCUGCGGAUGUGAAUGUUUUGUUACGUCCACAAGGCGUUUAGGUGAGCGCUAUGCAAUUCUUUCACUUGGCGGAACGCGGUACUGCCAAAACGUUAUGCGAGAACACAAAUCAAAUAAUGUGUAUCUUGUUAUGGAUCUUGUGAAGAGGACAUGGGUUCAAAAAUGCUUUGACCCUGAUUGCUCGCAGUAUCGUUCACAGCCGAAACUAUUUUAG